AUGACUAAGCACAUUCUGAUGUGGAAGAAUGCCCUGUCAUUCAUGCUGAGGAACGGUCUUCUGGCUACCCACAACCCCGGAGUCAAAUUCCUGCUGGAAGCUCUCAAGUACCUCCACAGAGACACAGAGGUGACACCAGUCAUCUUUUGCCGUUACCCAUUUGUGUUGAGUCUGAUCUGCAAGAUGGACAUUUUCAACAGUAAUGCACUUUUUACUAAGGUGGUUCACCAUCUCACCCACCGGCUGACAGUGAUGUAUCCUUCUGGAACGUUCCGAGACAACCCAGAAUCUCCCCUUGCUCCAGUCUUCCAGUUGACCUUGAGGCGCCCGUCACUCAUCGAAGACACCUUCAGACAACUGGGUGCUGCAAAUCAUGACUACUUCCAGAGAGAACUUGUGGUGCAGUUUAUGGAGGACAUGAAGCUGUCGCUCGUCAACAUAAGGGACUUUUUCCUCCAUGCGUUUGAAGAGCUAUUGGCACCGUCUGAGAUGUUCAUGUACAACGACACCAAGACACUGGUCUGGUUCCCUGCCAAGCCCAGAGUGGAGGAGAAGAGCUACUUCCUGUUUGGUGUCUUGUGUGGCAUGGCCCUGUACAACCACAACAUUGUACACCUGCCCUUCCCUCUGGCCCUGUUCAAGAAGGUGUCCUUAGAAAUGGAUUAAAAUGUUUCAACAUUAAUUUAUUUUCAUUGUAAUUGAAGAAGUUUGCGGUACCUCUUGGAGGACUACACUGAUGAUGAUGUUGAAGAAAACCUGGGCAUGACCUUCACCGUGAUCUGGGAUGACCAGAAGGUGGAGCUGGAUCCCAAAGAAACAGGAAAACCAGUCACAAGUUUUAACAAGAAGCAGUUUGUUGAUGCCUAUGUAAACCUUGCCUUCAACCAAUCAGCGGAGAAGGUGUUUGAAGAGUUCAGGAGAGGCUUCUUCAAGGUGUGUGACAGGGACGUGGUGGAGUUGUUCCAGCCUGAGGAGCUCAGGGGAGUCAUGGUGGGGAAAGAGGACUACGACUGGGACACGCUCAAACAGAACACUGUGUAUGAUGGAGAGUAUCAUGCCAGACAUCCCAACAUCAUCACAUUCUGGGAGGCUUUUGAGGAACUGACAGAUGACCAAAAUAAAUCUUUCCUCCUGUUCCUGACGGGCUGUGAUCGCGCUCCUAUCCUGGGCAUGGACAAGAUACAGAUGACUGUGGCAGUCCUGCAGAACUGUACUGAACUACAUUUCCCAGAAUCCCAUACCUGCUACUUCCUACUCUUUCUGCCCAUCUACCCCUCCAAGGAGAUGCUGCUGGCCAGGCUCAAAGAGGCGGUGGCCCACAACAGAGGCUUCUGGAAGGAGUAAUGGACACUAUAUAUAGGCUACUGCUGUGUUAAUUAUUUCAUUCAAUGUGUUUCUUACAUGUCAAUAUAUCUCUUCAGUUUAGCAUAGGAUUUUGGUUGUGUUGAUAUAGCCUUCAUCUACACUUUAAAAAAACAACUUUUAAACCUUGGCGUUUUCAAGUGAACGUUUUAAAUUUGCAAAUGUUUAGGCUAUGUAUAGGCUUACCGUGUUAUUGGAAAAAUCUAUCCUUGACUUAAAGUCCACUAAUUUUGAAUGUGAGUUAUGAAAAAACAUUGAUUUAUUUUGGCAUUUUAUCUAAUUCUGCAUGGGUGGGAACAUCCUUUUUUCUGGACUGCAUUAUAUUUUGACAUUCGUGUAUCUUGUGUUUUUUUAACAUAAUAAUUAUUUAUGUAUCUAAAUAAUACACAUAUUAGUUUCACCUUAAAUUAUUUUCUUUCAUAAUUGAGAAUUCUCUCAAAUGCUGAGCAGUGGUGUGGUUUCUCCAACAACCUGCAUAACCUUC